AAAAUUUCAUUUCGAAUCGGCUAAAUUGCACUCAAACUCAUAUCUAUAGACCGUUGCGAUCUUGUUGAACCAAUCAUUAAAACUGUCUUCACGGGUGCAUUCAUUGGGGAAACACUCAUUUGCAGUUUCGGAGCAGUAGCGGGCUGAAAGGCUGUAGUGGUUUGAGAAAACUGAUACGGCCGUAAGAUGGUUCUGGUUCUGCUACUGGCUGUGGUCUGCCUUUCCAGUUACGGGUCCGUAGCUUAUCCUACUGAGAAGAACGCGGAGUAUUACGAACAGUUUUUGACGAGAAAGAUCAAAGAGGCGUCCAGUUUUGUACUGCCGACCGACAACAGGAGGUAUUUUGGUGACCAUAUACCAGAAGAAUCUACAGCGGAAGAUUAUGGACGAUUCGACUUCAUCAUAGUUGGUGGAGGAAGUAGCGGAUCUGUCAUUUUCAACAGGCUCUCAAAGAUACGCAGAUGGAGGAUUCUAUUGCUGGAAGCAGGUGGAGAAGAAAAUGAUUUCAGUGAUAUGCCAACCAUGGCAUUCUAUUCCCAAUUUACCGAUAUGAAUUGGGGUUACAACACCACAUCUCAAAAUAAGUCAUGCUUGGGUAUGAACAACAACCAAUGCAGCUACCCAAGAGGAAGGGUUGUUGGCGGUUCCAGUAGCAUAAACGCUCUUAUGUAUAUAAGGGGAAACAGAGCCGAUUACAACAACUGGAUGAUCCACAGCAAUCCUGGAUGGUCUUACGAGAGCCUUCUACCAUAUUUCAAAAAAUCCGAGCAUUUCGAUAUCGAAGAAGGUGACAUGGACUUCCAUUCCAGAAAUGGCCUUCUGAAUGUCAGCAACCAUAAGCCAAAACAUCCACUCAAUGAUUAUUUCUUCGAAGCUGGCAGAGAAAUGGGAUAUCAAGAAGUCGAUUAUAAUGGUGAACAUCAGAUUGGAUAUUCGGAAUUGCAGAUGAACACAAACAACGGUAAAAGAGCAAGUGGUGGAAGAAACUUUGUAGAUCCCGUUCGCAACCAACCAAAUGUUAAAAUAGUCACCAAUGCUCUUGUCACCAGGGUUCUUAUAAACAAGGAUAAAACAGCUUAUGGAGUCUUGUUUCUGAAAAAUGGGAAACUGUUCAAAGUCCUAGUUAAUCAAGAAGUAGUUUUGUCUGCUGGGGCUGUCAAUACUCCACAGUUGCUCAUGUUAUCUGGUAUUGGCCCGAAGGAACACCUGGAUGAGUUGGGAAUCCCAGUUGUUCAAGAUUUACCAGUUGGUAAACAUAUGCAAGAUCAUCCAGUGUUCGUCGGAUUCAACGUCAGAACUAACUUCACUUUCAGAAAGCCUCCUUUGAAAGAGCAGAUUCGAGACUUCUUAAACGGCAGAGGAAUUCUCACCUGGUGUUUGAAUACGCAAGCGAUUAAAUUCGUUAAUACCCUGGAUCGAGAAUCAACUGUGCCUGACAUUGAGUUCAUCUUCGUUCCACCUCCAAGUACUUCGGAAUUAGAAACAAAAGUCUUCAAUUAUAAGCCGGACAUCGCAAACUCAAUUAUCAAGAAAAGGGAUCCUUCCACUGAUUUUAAGUUAAUGUUGGUCCUUUUACAUCCCAAAUCGUUGGGGGAAAUAACACUCAAAUCAUCGAAUCCUCUGGACUUUCCAAAUAUAAACAUAAACUAUUUGUCGGACCCUGGAGAUGAAGAUAUUGAUACGAUAUAUAGAGCUAUAAGGCAUGCUCAGGAUAUGCUGGAGACUGAUGCUUUCAAGAAACUAAACGCUUCUCUUACUGUCAAAGAAUUCCAGAACUGCGAUGAAUAUACUUAUGAUAGCAAGGACUAUUGGUAUUGUGCCAUACGAUAUUUCACAACAACUUUAUACCAUACUGCUGGUACUACCAGGAUGGGUAAUGAUACAAGAACUUCUGUGGUUGAUUCCGAUCUGAGGGUUCACGGUAUUCAGAAAUUGAGGGUGGGAGACUGUGGAAUAAUACCUUCGACAACAUCUGGGCAUACGAAUUCCCCUGCUUUCUUGAUAGGUGAGAAGAUGGCAGAUUUCCUGAAGCAAAGAUACCAAAGAAUCUAAAUCAUUUUGUAAUAUAAUGACACACCAAAUAGAGUUAUUUUAUUAUUA